AUGAAUCCAUCCACUGAAAAAGUUGAAGGAAUAUCAGAGGUGAAUUCAAAACAUGAAUUGGAAACGGUACCUCUUCAGAGGGAGAGAACGCUUGAACCGGUGAUUAUGAGCGAGGAAAGAGUUGAUAUUCCUGCUCAAUUCGAUGCAACAAGAAGAAAUGAUCCUCAACAAGAACGGACUCUAAGACUCAAAGAUACAGAAAACACAAGUCAUCUCAUCAAUGAAAUGAUGAAUAACAACCACGUUCCUUCUCUUCCAUUGGAGUGCUCCUUGUUUCAUGAAAACUCUAAUAACUUGAUGACUCCAGGCGCAUCAUUAUCCUCGGAAAAGCAACUCAACAAGCCAACACCCACUCCAAAUUCAUUCAAGGAAAGAGCAUUGGAAAGACAAAAACAUAUCAAUAGCCUUGCUCAAAGGAUUCAUCAUUUGGGAGUUGCAAAGAAUGGAUCUUCUUCCAACUUAACCCUCUCUCCUGUACCAAUAGCAAAGCCUUCCACUACUCAACAACCAUCAAGGCCCAACCAAUCACCGUUCGAUUUCCAAACCAUGAACAAAAAGAAAGAGAUUGAGAAACGUUCGUACUUAAUGUCAAGAUCAUUCAAUCGGUUGCAUGUUGAACCAACGCCUCUGAUAAGGAUGCAUGCUGAGUCCCUAAGAGAAAAUUCUCGCAAAAGAUUUCUACCAUCCUGUAAGCAAAGAAGAAUGAUUUCAAGCACUGGUGCUGCUUCGCUAGCGUUAAAGGCCACACACCAGUUGGAAACUAUUUUGGCAGAUUUAGAGCUGAGUGGAAGUGAUAAUGAGAGGAGGGUCAUUGCUGGCACACAUAUCAAUGAGGUGGCUCGUAACCUAUUCGAAACAACUGAUCCAAUCUCAACGACAUCCCGAACAACAAGGAAUAGUUCCAUGAAUGUUGUAAGGCCAGAGGUACCAGAAUUUGUGCUUGAGAAUCAUGUCUCUAAGGACACUUCAGUCAAAGUGAUUCGACCUGGGUCAGAGGAAAUUCGAUUCUCUCAAUGGAGAAGCGUUUAUCGAAAACUCUGA